AUUGCUCAUCUUUUUUUUACUCGGAUAAGUAAAUUUGCUUUUCCUCUCGUCAAUGUUAUCAUUCGUGUGUUCAGGAUAACCUAUUCUUGACGUUGUAUUUUAUCAGAGUGGAACCUCAUUUUGUCCGCAUUAUUUUUCAAUGACAAGCUUGUACUCUUUCUUGAUCAAUGAAGACUUUUCCGUGAUAAAAUCCUCGUCAUGUGACCUGCUUCUUACCACGAUAUUUGAGUCACUUACCUUUACGUUUCAGAAGGAUGUGUUGUUGAACAUGUUUAAAUCAUUAUAAAAAUUGAAUUCUUUAUUAGAUUAAGUAAUUAAUCAUAAGACAGCAUGGGAACUGGAGCUCAAACACCUAAAAGACUACUGCUGAAUAUAAGAAACAUCAUUAUCGUCAUUUUAACACCAAUUGUUUUGUUGCCGCUUAUUCUUUUUGUUGAUGGAAACGAAACAAAAUGUGCCUAUUGCAUUAUCAUUAUGGCGGUGUUUUGGAUAACAGAGGCUCUCCCAAUAGCCGUGACGUCAUUACUACCAAUUAUAUUGUUUCCUAUGGUUGGACUUUUGUACGCAAAACACGUAUCAGAGAAAUAUAUCAACGACACGUCUGCUCUCUUUCUUGGAGGUCUGAUCAUGGCGGCAGCCAUUGAGUACUGGAACAUCCACAAACGUCUGGCCCUCAGAGUCCUCAUGUUUGUUGGGUCCGAACCAAGAUGGUUGAUGCUUGGGAUGAUGUUACCCACGUGGUUUCUGUCUAUGUGGAUCAGCAACACAGCCACCACGGCCAUGAUGAUUCCUAUCGCGAACGCUGUUCUGUCGCAACUCAAAGAAUCACAGGAAACAAAGACGGAUGAUAUCACAGUCCUCGAUGAUAUAGAACUGGAAGUGGACGUAAACAAAAAGCAUAGCAACAACGGAAAUUUAGCUGAUGAUCAGGAAAAACAUGUGGUACACGAUGCAGAGAAAAAUGACGACACGACGAGGACUAACGAUGCAGAGUUUCUACGAUUAUGUAAGGCGUUGUCGCUGGCAAUAGCCUAUUCUGCAAACUGUGGAGGUGUGGCAAGCCUUACCGGAACUGGGCCUAAUGUCAUUAUGAAAGGUGCUGCGGAGAAUGCUUUUCAGGAAAGAAAUGCCACCUCGCCUAUUACGUUUGCUACCUGGAUGCAGUACUGUUUACCGAUAUCGGCUAUAAUAGUUGUACUUGUCUGGAUAUGGCUUCAGAUCUUGUUUUUACGCUGCAAAACUUACAAUAGAAAGUCCCCGGAACAAGCAAAGAGAGUGAGCAGCAUCAUAAGGAAGCAGUAUGAAGAUCUGGGACCAAUAACGUUUGGUCAGGGAGCGGUUAUCUUUCACUUUGUAUUACUGGCAGUAUUAUGGGUAACCCGAGAAGUAGGAGGAGUUGGAGGAUGGGGGGAUAUAUUUCCUGAAAAAACUGUGACCGACUCUACACCAGCUAUUCUAAUUUCCAUAAGUCUUUUCAUAUUUCCGUCAGUCCUGCCACACAAAUUCAAAGAAAAAGGAAAACCUUUACCGGCUCUUCUUCCUUGGAAGGCGGCAGAAAAGAUGGUGCCAUGGGGAGUAGUAUUACUGCUUGGAGGAGGAUUUGCUUUAGCUAAAGGAAGUGAGGAGUCGGGGUUAUCAAAAUGGAUUGGAGAACAGUUAACCGUGUUUAAAGAUUUUGAGCCUUGGGUAAUGAACCUCGUUCUGUGUUUCAUAGUAGCCGCUGCAACAGAAGUAACCAGCAACACCGCUAUAUGUACUCUGAUGAUGCCCAUCAUGAAGGAACUGGCAAUCACUUUGAAAGUCAAUCCUUUGUACUUCAUGUUCCCUACUGCCAUUGCUACCUCGUUUGCGUUUAUGCUUCCGGUGGCUACUCCUCCGAAUGCAGUUGUCUUUUCCUAUGGCUACGUGAAGGUGUUUGAUAUGGUCAAAGCUGGAUUCCUGCUAAAUAUCAUAGCUGUGUUCGUGUUGGUCUUUGGAACAGAGACGUGGGGAGAAGCGAUCUUUGGUUUCCACACCCUCCCGGACGUUUUUCGACUACAAGAGAACUCGACAAUCAUAGCCAACAAUACAACAACAAUGUUGCCAUUGAAUGGAACUAUAAGAUGCGUUUGAAGCUUUUUUUUCCUUCUCAAUAUUGACAUAUGAAGAGGUUUUAUUUUAUAACGGAGAGCUGGAUUAUUUACAGAAAACAGAUUAAUCAUGUACUGUCUAUGAAAUAAUUCCUCAAAAUUGACUAAGUUCGAUAACCUCUAAUUUUUUCAAAAGUUAAAGAAAAUUAAAAUCCUUGUCACAUGCACAUUUUCAUUACCUAUAUAAACACUCUGUACAAUAAGAAGGUUACCGCUUGAAAACUGUGGGAGGAGUUCACCAGAUAAAUCAUGUACUCUAUGUUUUAAUUCCUCAAAACGGACUAAGUUCAACAAUUUAACUUGUAAUUUUCUCAAAAAUUGAAGAUAAUCAAAAUUUUUGCCACAUGGAAAUUUUCAAUAUCUAUACAAAUACUCUGUAAAACAAGAUGUUCAUCACUUUAAAAUUGUGGGAGGAGUUAACUAGACAGAUUAUGUACCUCUAUAUAACAUUACUUUUCGAAUAAUGGGACAAAACUCCUGCAAGAGAUCGAAAGGGAUCGAAAUUGCAACUUGAUCUAAAGUGAUCCACAAAGAAGCUACAUGUACAUAGCAAGUUCAACUUCAUAUGUGACAGAGAAAAACAGAACUCCCGAACAGGCGGACGUACAGACAUCGCUGUACCAUAAGACGGGCGUAUAACAAAAUCAUAAAACUUAUGGAUGCCCCCGAAAUGCAUCUAACCAAUGAACUACUUCAUACUCGCACAAUGAUCAAUAACUGUUGAAAUAUUGUUGAAAUGAAGGUUUCUGUUUUAUCUAGA